AUCUACAUUUUGGCUCAGUUGAUCGGUCGCGAGUCGCAACGACUUUUAAGAGGGGGUGGGGGUCGUGGUUCUCAUCGCGUUUGGCUCCGCGCGCACACACUGUUCUGUUUCCUCGCACGCUCUUUCCCCCCGAUCCCUCGCAGCUUCGCGGCCGAUAGGCAUUCUCUUGUGGUUGAGUUCUGAUACUAUUAAUCAGGAAAAGCCAUGCAGGCAUCAAGAGCAAGGCUUUUCAAGGAGUACAAGGAAGUGCAACGUGAGAAAUCUGCAGACCCAGAUAUCCAGUUGAUAUGUGAUGAUAGUAACAUCUUCAAGUGGACUGCUCUUAUAAAGGGACCUUCUGAAACUCCUUAUGAAGGAGGUGUGUUUCAGCUUGCAUUUGCUAUCCCAGAACAGUAUCCUCUGCUUCCUCCCCAAGUUCGGUUUUUGACAAAGAUUUUCCAUCCAAAUGUGCAUUUUAAGACUGGGGAGAUAUGCCUGGAUAUCUUGAAGAAUGCUUGGAGCCCUGCGUGGACCCUCCAAUCUGUUUGCAGAGCUAUAAUAGCUCUGAUGGCGCAUCCAGAAGCGGAUAGUCCUCUCAAUUGUGAUUCAGGCAAUCUUCUACGAUCUGGCGAUAUCAGAGGAUACCGAUCGAUGGCGAGGAUGUAUACACGACUUGCUGCAAUGCCAAAGAAAGGAUGAUCGUCAGGGGCAAAUUAAAACCUCCAGUAAAUACAUCCACUUUCGUCUGUCUAUCAGUGUGGCGGUUAAUAGACUGCUAUUACACUGCUAUCAUGUUCCUUAUUUCUAAUGAACUUGAGUGCCUGUAAACUGCCGUGUUCUGCGCUAUUUCUUUGCCUGUAAUCUGAAGAUUAUUCUGCUAAUAAUCAUCAAUGACUAGCCAUUCUUGCUACCUGAAGAAUUUCCAGGCAUAAUCUUACUCAGCAGUGCUACAAUUCUUGUA